UCGGUCGUGGCAUCCUUCAAGGCGAUUGUCUCAGUCCUCUUUUAUUCAACAUGUCUUUCAAUACCUUUAUCCAACAUAUUAAAUCGGAAAAAUACCGUCAACUUGGAUUUUGGAAAUCCAGCGAAAACGGUACCCCAUUAAAUCCUCUUCAUUGGUUCCAGUUUGCCGACGACGCGGCUGUUGUUAGCGGCCAAGGAAAAGAAAAAGAAAACCAAAUGCUCCUCAUUCGCUUUACAAUCUGGUGUCAGUGGGCUGAAAUGAUAAUACGUGUAGACAAAUGUUCAACAUUUGGCAUUAGGAAACAAUUAACCAAUCCAUUCAAUAUCUCCCAAAACUAUUUAUAA